GCUUUGUGCUGCGGUGCGCGGUGUCUGUAGAGUGUGGCGGCUGGUUCUCUUCUGCGGGUUGCGCUUGGUAGGCGCUGCGCGGGGUGGAGGGGGGUUGCGGGCGAGCCCGGCUCCGGCUGCAGCCGACCGUCCAGAGGCCACCGGCGGAGUUGUUAAGGAGGACCGCUCCGCCCCAGCCAUGCGUUAUCCAGCCCGGGCUGCUUGGCGUGAAGAGCAUGCAACAUGCUGCCGCUAAGCUCCCGGGUUUCCAGCACGAGAGCUGGAAGAAAGGGAAUCCGAUUGUGCUGGGGAGGAGGAGGAGGAGGCGGAGGAGGGCGGGCAUUUCCAAGGCCGGUCCUAGAGGGAGACAGAGAUCUGUGCGCCUCGCCUCCCCGCGGCUCUAAUUCUUAAAAAAAAAAAAAUUUGGGGGGUUGCGCGCGUGGGGCGCUGGGGGAAUCGGCGCGUGGAGCGAGAGGAGAGCAGAGCAGAGCUAAGCGGAGCGCAGGCUGACUGGGCGGGGAAGGAGUACCGGAGCAACCAGGGAACGACUCGGCUGCAGCGCGCGGGGCUUGGCGGAGGAGCGGCGACGGUUUGGAGCUUGAAAUCCGGCAGGAGAAACCCGGGCAGAGAGGUGGACCGAUCUCCCCCGCUCCCCUUCCUCGAGGAAGGGCCGUCGCCAUGGGCAAUGCGGGCAGCAUGGACUCUCAGCAGACGGACUUCAGGGCGCACAAUCUACCCCUCAAGCUCCCGAUGCCCGAACCGGGCGAGCUGGAAGAGAGAUUCGCCGUCGUGCUGAAUGCCAUGAACCUGCCUCCUGACAAAGCAAGGCUACUCAGACAAUAUGACAAUGAGAAGAAAUGGGAGCUGAUCUGUGAUCAGGAAAGAUUUCAAGUCAAGAAUCCACCUCAUACAUAUAUACAAAAAUUAAAAGGCUAUCUUGAUCCGGCUGUAACUAGGAAGAAAUUUAGGAGAAGAGUUCAAGAAUCUACACAAGUUUUACGGGAACUAGAAAUUUCUUUAAGGACUAAUCACAUUGGGUGGGUCAGGGAAUUUUUGAAUGAAGACAACAAAGGCCUAGAUGUUUUAGUGGAGUAUUUGUCUUUUGCACAGUAUGCAGUCACAUUUGACUUUGAAAGCUUGGAAAACAAUAUGGAAAAUUCAGUGGACAAAUCUAAACCAUGGAGUCGAUCCAUUGAAGAUCUCCAUCGAGGAAGUAACUUACCUUCUCCAAUUGGCAAUAGUAUUUCCUGUUCCAGCAGGCAUUCUACUCUAAGGUAUAACACCUUACCCAGCAGAAGAACUCUUAAAAAUUCAAGAUUAGUGAGUAAAAAGGAUGAUGUUCAUGUCUGCAUCAUGUGUUUGCGGGCCAUCAUGAAUUAUCAGUAUGGCUUCAAUAUGGUCAUGUCGCACCCCCAUGCCGUUAAUGAAAUUGCACUAAGUCUGAACAACAAGAAUCCCAGAACAAAGGCGUUGGUCUUAGAACUGCUGGCAGCUGUUUGUCUCGUACGAGGAGGGCAUGAAAUCAUUUUGUCUGCCUUUGACAAUUUUAAAGAGGUUUGUGGGGAAAAACAGCGGUUUGAGAAGUUGAUGGAACAUUUUCGAAAUGAAGAUAAUAAUAUAGAUUUCAUGGUGGCGUGCAUGCAGUUCAUCAACAUAGUAGUACACUCAGUAGAAGAUAUGAAUUUCAGAGUUCAUCUCCAGUAUGAAUUUACAAAACUAGGCCUUGAUGAAUAUCUGGAUAAGCUGAAACACACCGAAAGUGAUAAGCUGCAAGUGCAAAUACAGGCUUACCUGGACAAUGUCUUUGAUGUGGGAGCUUUGCUUGAAGAUGCUGAGACCAAGAAUGCUGCCUUAGAAAGAGUUGAAGAAUUGGAGGAAAAUAUAUCUCAUUUAUCAGAAAAACUUCAAGACACAGAAAAUGAAGCUAUGGCAAAAAUUGUGGAACUGGAAAAACAACUUAUGCAAAGAAACAAAGAACUGGAUGUUGUACGGGAAAUAUACAAAGAUGCAAAUACACAAGUCCACACGCUAAGAAAAAUGGUCAAAGAAAAGGAGGAAGCCAUUCAACGGCAGUCAACACUAGAGAAAAAGAUCCAUGAACUGGAAAAGCAAGGGUCCAUUAAAAUUCAGAAGAAAGGAGAUGGUGACAUCAACAUCCUUCCUGUCGGGGUGUCACCAGGAGGAUCCGAAGGUUCAGUUGGAAUUUGUGGAGGUUCUACUGCCAGCGCAGGGUCUCCAGUGCCACUUUCACCUCCGCCACUGAUAGCAGCAGAAUCAGAAACAGUGCAAAAUGGUCCCAUGGCAGCACCAAUGCCGCCGCCACCGCCACCACCGCCACCUCCACCCCCUCCCCCACCCCCUCCUCUUCCUGGUCCAGCUGCAGAACCAGCACCACCUCUUCCUAUCCCACCUCCACCAUUAGCACCCCCACUUCCAGGAAUGGCCUCUCCGACUGUUGUGUUCAACUCAGGAUUAGCAGCUGUGAAAAUCAAGAAGCCAAUUAAGACCAAGUUCCGCAUGCCAGUAUUUAACUGGGUGGCUCUGAAACCCAAUCAGAUUAAUGGGACCGUCUUCAAUGAAAUUGAUGAUGAAAGGAUCUUGGAGGAUUUAAACGUGGAUGAAUUUGAAGAAAUAUUCAAGACAAAAGCCCAAGGGCCAGCCAUCGACCUUUCUUCAAGCAAGCAAAUAACUCAGAAAGGAUCAAACAAAGUCACGCUUCUGGAGGCAAAUAGAGCUAAAAAUCUUGCUAUCACCUUAAGAAAAGCUGGAAAGACUGCCGAUGAAAUAUGUAAAGCUAUUCAAGCAUUUGAUUUGAAGACGCUGCCGGUAGAUUUUGUUGAAUGCCUGAUGAGAUUCCUGCCAACGGAAAAUGAAGUGAAAGUGUUGCGGCUUUAUGAGCGGGAAAGGAAGCCCUUUGAGAAUCUGUCAGAUGAGGAUCGGUUUAUGAUGCAGUUCAGCAAAAUAGAAAGGCUGAUGCAGAAAAUGACCAUCAUGGCAUUCGUUGGCAACUUUACUGAAAGCAUACAGAUGCUCACACCGCAAUUACAUGCAAUCAUUGCAGCAUCUGUCUCCAUAAAGUCUUCUCAGAAACUCAAAAAAAUCUUAGAGAUAAUCUUAGCUCUGGGCAACUAUAUGAAUAGCAGUAAACGAGGAGCUGUCUAUGGAUUUAAACUUCAAAGUUUAGAUCUGUUGCUAGAUACAAAAUCAACAGACAGAAAACAAACUCUAUUGCACUAUAUAUCCAAUGUUGUAAAGGAGAAAUAUCAGCAGGUUUGCCUUUUUUACAAUGAACUUCACUAUGUAGAAAAAGCUGCUGCAGUAUCCCUUGAAAAUGUUCUAUUAGAUGUAAAGGAACUCCAAAGAGGUCUGGAUUUAACAAAGCGAGAGUAUACUAUGCAUGAUCACAAUACCAUGCUGAAGGAAUUCAUCCAGAGCAAUGAAGGGAAACUGAAGAAAUUGCAGGAUGAUGCAAAAAUAGCCCAGGAUGCCUUCGAUGAUGCUGUGAAAUAUUUUGGAGAAAAUCCCAAGACAACUCCUCCAUCAGUCUUCUUCCCAGUCUUCGUACGAUUUGUGAAAGCUUACAAGCAAGCAGAAGAAGAGAAUGAAUUGAGGAAAAAGCAAGAACAGGCAUUAAUGGAAAAACUGCUGGAGCAGGAAGCAUUGCUUGAACAACAAGACCAAAAGUCUCCAUCUCAUAAAACUAAGCGACAGCAACAAGAACUAAUUGCAGAGCUAAGACGACGACAAGUCAAGGACAACAGACAUGUUUAUGAAGGAAAAGAUGGUGCUAUUGAAGAUAUCAUCACAGCCUUAAAGAAGAAUAAUAUCACUAAAUUUCCAAAUGUUCACUCGAGGGUAAGGAUUUCUUCUAGCACACCGGUGGUGGAGGAUACACAGAGCUGAUCUUAGAAACCAACCCUACCGACGAGCCGAUGCGGUGAGGAGAAGCGUCCGGCGGCGUGUUGACGAUCAGAACCUACGUGCUGUCAAUGGUGCUGAACUGGCUAUGUGAGCCAGAUGGGAGAAACCGUGCCUGUAAACCAGUAGAAAGUGCCCUUGAUUGCUUCCUCACCAUGCGGACUCUGUUUAUGUUGCCAUUUUAAUUAUGGCCUUGUUCGGAAUUCCUUUAACUAGUCUUCUGAAGGGCUCAGUAAGGACUGAAAAUGCAUAGGAAUGAAAAAUAAAAAAUUUAAAGCAAAAAAAAAAAAAAAUGGGCCGGCCAUACAACUGUAGCUACCAAGUGCCUAAAUUUCAAGGACCUACUCAAAUGAUUGAAAGCAAUAGGACUCUUUUUUGAUUGGGUAACUUUUUACACCAAUAAAAUUUCUUCAGUGUUCUUAACCAAAAUGUAAAAUACAUAAUGUAUUUUUUUUGUUAUUGUUACAUACAGUUUAGUAAAUAGCCCGCAGUGGACUUUUUUGAUUUCAUAACAGUUUGUAAAUAAGGAAUAUUCUGAUAAGAGCUGCUGUAGAUUUUUUUAAUAUUUUCAGUACAUUCCUGAACACUUUGAAGAGUUAACUUUGAGCUUCAGCUGCACUUACUAGCAUUAUAUAGAUAUGUAUGUGUGUGUUUAUAUACAUGUGGGUGUAUAUAUGCAUACACAUACGUGUACAUGUAUGCAUGGAGAAGGACUUUUAUCAUAUAUAAAGGAGCAAAAAAUAUUAAAAUAACGUGGACCCUUUAAGAACAUUUAGUUCACUUUAAGACUGGGGGAAAAUAUCCAUAAAGCCAAUGUUAAGGAAGAUGUGAAUACAGUUGACAAAGAUUUAAAGCUAGAGGGAUUUCUACUGUAAAUACAAUGUGGGAAUAAAAUGGGAUUUAGAUUAACACACUUGUCUGUUUUCAACUUCUGCCUAGUACACACAGUUGCUGGUAAAGGUAAAUAAAACGAGGUGAUAUAGCUUAAGAGGAUGGGCACACUGCAAACACAGUUGUUGUGUUUUUUAAGUAGUGGCAAGCAUAACCUUAACCCUAACCCUGGGGUAACGAUGUUAUUUAUUAAUUAGCACUAAAAUAUUAACUUCUCAAUAAUCAGUAUUAGAAUUCAUAAGGAUCACAAACUGCUCAAUUCUCAAAAUGGUGAAAAGGCAGUGCCCCCCCAAACAAGGUUAGGGUAACAUUGCAGGAAUGCUGUGGUAUUCCAUACAAAGGAAAUUGCGUAGUUCACUUCCAUUUAUGCUUUGCACCAAUCCAUUUUCAAUGUUUCUGCACUGGAUUGCCUUCAGUUAACAUUCAGGUUACACAAACUGUCGAAUGUAAUGCAGUGCAGCAGGAUACUGUCAGGCACAAAAGAUCAGGUCCAAUUAAAUUGAUUUAUUAUUACUCAUGCCCAUGCACAGGAAUAUUCUUAACUAACAGUUAGCACCUGCUUGGAGUUAGAUAAGGGUCAACAGAAUUAAAAAGAGGUUGAACUUAGUUCAUUUGUGGCCACGUAUGGAUUCUAGGCUGAUCCCUCUUUUAACUCCACCCCCAGGUUCUGCCAUACCUUCUCCUAGGUACACUUGGAAAAUUCAGAUGAUUAAUGCUUAGAUACCCUCAUUUUGUAUUGGGAUGCUCACAUGUUAAACUUUAAGCUAACUUUAACAGCUUAUUUAUCAAUAUUGCUUCAAGGUAGGACCCUUGGAUUUUUUCCCCUCCAAAGUAAAAACUGGAAGUUAAGAGAAUCAUUUUGCCUGCAUUCUUCCCAUUGCUGGUAGCACUGCAUCAUUAUGUUAAUUGUAAAAUUUAUUGUAUAGUAUUUAACCACUUAAUUCUUUUCUUUUCUUUUUUAUAUUGUGCUUCUGUGAACCACUGGUCAAGGUCCCAUAUUCCUUCGAUAAUGUGUAGUUAUAUAAUGUUUUUAAAUGUACAGAUAUUUUGCUACAAAAUUGGUGCUUUUUUAUGGUUUUUACACUUCUCUUUAAUUCCCACUCUAGUCUCGGGUAAUACUGUAAAUAUUGUUUAAAAAUGCAUCAAUCUGUGCUAUACAAUCUGAAUGUUCUUAACUUAUAGUUUUGUUUUGUUUUGUUUUGAUAUUUAACUAAAUGGACAGUCUGGGGCUCAAAAGCUGUUUCAUUAACCUUUGCUUUUUAUUUUAAACAACUGCCAACAUGCUGACAGAAUCCAGCAAUGUAUAUUUGACAUGCAAAAGAGAACAUGCCAUUAUUACAUCUUUUCCAUUAUGAAAGAUGAAUAUUUUUGAUUUGGGUAAAAUCCAGCUCAGCAAUAUUAUUUAAGUUCCCAUAAACAGCUGCAAGAGAUUUCAUAGCAUACUGCAAUAUUUCAAUAUGACUAAAUAGGCUGCAAUAUUGGCAUGUUCUCUUAGAUCUUUUAUCUAGUAGAUAGAUCUGCUUCUUAGCAAUAUUAUAGGUGUUUUAUAAAAGCAAUUCAUGUUACUUUUCUGAUCUGUUCAUGGCAUAUGACUGAAUAAACAAUUUACAC